AUGUACAAAAGCGGAAAAAUAAUCCGGAAGGAAUUCCUGGAUUACUUCAGCACAGAGCUAGAUCACAAAAUAAUUUCAUCUAGCUCAGUGAUACCAUGGUGUGACUCAUCAGUCGCCUUUAUAAACGCAGGAAUGAACCAGUUCAAAGGAAUCUUCCUAGGAAAGGAACAGGCUCCAUUUCCAAGAGUAGCAAAUUGUCAGAAGUGCAUCAGAGUAGGAGGCAAGCACAACGACCUAAAAGACGUAGGACUGGACACUUACCACCACACGUUCUUCGAGAUGCUGGGUAACUGGUCCUUCGGGUCCUACGGCAAGGAAGAAGCCUGCAGGUACGCGUGGAGAGCCUUAACCGAGCUCUACGGCAUCAACAAGAGGAACCUCUCCGUAACUUACUUCGCAGGCGACCAGGAACUCCAGAUGGCGCCUGAUUUUGAGACCAGAGACAUCUGGCGGAACAUCGGAGUGCCUGAUGACAAAAUCAGGGGUUGUGGAGCCAAGGACAAUCUCUGGGAGAUGAAUUUAACCGGACCUUGUGGUCCUUGCACAGAAAUUCACUAUGACUCUGUCGGUUCCGGGAACAAUCUUACGGAACUGUGGAACAUUGUGUUCAUAGACCACCAAAGGCUGCCAGAUGGCGCUGUAGUUCCUUUAAAGAGGCAGUUUGUGGAUACUGGAAUGGGAUUGGAGCGCCUGGUGGCUCUUUUGCAGAACAAGAACUCGAAUUAUGACACUGACCUGUUCCAGCCACUGUUCCAAGCUAUUCACAAGAGUUCCGGAGCUCCGGAGUAUUCUGGAACUUUUGGAGAUUGUAAUGAAGCUAGCUUGGAUACUUGCUAUAGAAUUCUGGCUGACCACGCUCGCAUGGUCACUGUUGCGCUGGCUGAUGGAAUUAUUCCUGAUAAGAAUCAGAAGCUUAGGAGAAUCCAAGUAAUAACAAAUUAUGAAAAAGAGCUUCUAAUAUCACAGCGAAAAUCCACAGGAGAAGCUUGGCAAACUCUCCUAAAAAUGAACCCAAGACUAGCAACGAUCAGUGAUCCCUAUGCUCCAGGAAUAAUCAAAGCAUAUACUCUAUUGAUGAAAUUAAAAAGUAAAACCAGUAAUUUUGUAGCGCUAAGUGGAAAAGAAGCUUUUAGAAUUUAUGACUCUCAUGGUCUGGAUUUGGAAGCUCUGAAAGAGCUCGCGGAGGUUGAAGGGAUCGAGGUUGAUGAAGAGGGAUUUUUUGAGGAGAUGGAGAUGGUCAGGAUAAGGUCUAGAGUUGGUAAAAAGACUAAUAGAAGAGUUGUUGCCAAAAAAACUCUGGAGCAAUUAAAAGUUUUACCUCAAACUGAUGAUUCGUUUAAAUAUCAGUAUAAUUUUGAGGAUAAAUAUACGUUUAGUCCUUUGGAGUGUUCAAUUAUUGGUGUUGUUAUUGAUGAAAUUGCAUUAAUAUUAGACCAAACUCCAUUUUACGCUAGUGAAGGUGGUCAAUUAUCAGACCAAGGAACUAUAAAAUUAAAAAACGGUCUAUUUAAAGUAGCAGUUGUUGAAAAGUCCGAAGGUUACGUGCUACACUAUGGAAGCUUUGAUUCUGCUGUAGAAGUUGAGAUUAAUAAUGAAAAAGUAACUGCUAUGAUUGACAGCGAACGUCGUACUAAUUUAAUGAUGCACCACACUGCUACACAUUUGUUGAACGCUGGGCUCAGGAAGAUAUUCCCUGCUGUUGCUCAAAGAAUCAGCGUCGUAACUCCGCUGGACUUGAUCUUCAGGUUCAGCACAUUUGGAAAAAAAUUCUCACCUCAGCACUGCCAAGAGCUGGACUCGUUGGUGAAUAAGUGUAUUAAUCAAAAUGUAGAUGUCAAAACCGAGGAGAUUAGUUCUUUGGAGUUGAUGAAUCAGAAAAAUUUGACUUUAAUUCCUGGAGAAGUUUAUCCAGAUACUGGAUUAAGAGUUGUUGAUAUUGAUGGUGAAUUAAAGUCAAGAGAAGCUUGCUGUGGAACUCAUGUACAUAACACAGGUGUCUUAAAAAAUUUCUGUAUCACCGAAGUCUACCCCAAAUCAUCCAGCGAGUACCUAUUAAAAGCAGUAACUGGUCCCAAAGCCAAAGACGCAAAAUCCAAAACAAACUUAAACUACCUGGUCGAUGUAAAAGGCAAAAACGACAAAAAAGAAAUAAUAGUCGACUUUAUGAAGUCUGAAAUCGAAAGAGCGGUAGAAAAAAGCGACUGCUUCAUAGUCCACUGCAUGAAGUCCAACGACAUUGAACCCGAAAGCGUUCCUCUUCAACUGGCGUACAAUUACUGCGACCACUUGCCGAUGUUUUUAAUUGUGAUGUCUAAAAAGAAAAUCCGAGCUCGCUGUUUUGUGCCUAAGGAGUACCAGUCGGCUUAUUUCAACGCUAAGCUAUGGAUGGAGUCGAUAAAUAAAGUCCUGCCUGUAGAAUUAGGCACUUUUGGAGACGAGGACCCUCUAAGUACCUCUCACAUUAAAAUUGUAAGAACUUCUAAAGAAAAAAUAGAAAGCCAGACCGAAGAAGCAGCCGCUGAAGCGGAAAAAUUCGCAGCUGUGUAUUUUAAAAAAUUAAAAAUCAAGAAGAAUAAUUAA